UCGCACCCCGCGGUCCCCGCCUCCUCGGCUUCCUUCGCCCCAAGGUCCCAACUCCAAAACCCCCCAAAACGCCUCCUCGAUCUCGUUGAAUCGGAGCCCAGGAUCUAAUCAGCAGCACCACACGAGCGGCGAUGAUCCAGCUGCUAUUCCUUGUACUGGUGGCGGAGGCGUCCGUGGUUGCGGUGCUGCUCUUCAAGACGCCGCUGCGGAAGCUCGCCGUGCUAGGCAUCGACCGCCUCAAGCGCGGCCGCCGCGCGCCUGUCGCCGUCAAGACGGUGGCGGGCGUCGUCCUCGCUCUUCUCGCCUCCACGCUCUACAGCAUGGCCGAGAUCAGCUGCCGCGCGACCGACCCCGACUCCGGCGGCGGGCUCACGCCCACAGAUCAGGUCCUCUUCUCGCGUCACCUCCUGGAGGCGUCCCUCAUGGGGUACUCCUUAUUUCUUGUGCUAGUUAUUGACCGGCUUCACCAAUACAUCAGAGAUUUGCGUGCCUUCAAGAAGAACUUAGAGGCUGUAUCGAAGCAUAAUAAAAUGUUGGAGGAAGCAAAACAUGGAAUUUCAGAGGAGACAAAGAAGUACCAGGAAGACAUUGCCACUCUGAACAAGGAGAUGAAGAAACUGAAGCUACAAGUCCAAGAAAAGACAGAAGAGUUCCAUGUUGCUGAGGACAAGGCACUUGCUAUCCAAAAACAAUCUGAAGGCUUGCUGAUCGAAUAUGAUCGCCUGCUGGAGGACAACCAGCAUCUUCGGAUACAGCUGCAGUCAAUUGACCUCAAGCUUUCCAGUUCUUCUUGAAAGAAGAGUAUUAAGUCAUAAGAAUAUAAGAUGGUGAAUCUAGUGCUGUUGCAACAAAUUAUCUGUUGCAGUUUGGUAAGAAUCAAUAUUUACUCUUUCAUGGGUUACUAAAGAUAUUCUUGGUGGUAGAUCAUCUGAUGUUAGCACCCAAAGAGCAUGCCAGCUAUCACCUUUCUCACCUCUCUGUCUUAACAUCUUUAUUUGACUAUCUGUUGCAUUAUAUAUUGGUGCCAAUUAGUGCAAGCAUUAUAUGGUCCAGCAGUUUGGAGUU